AGGGGCUUGAAAUUCUCCUUCUUUCUUGUUCAAUAACAAGAUUUAGGACCUAGAACACUCUCCUAAACCCAGAAAAUCCCAGAUCUGCGCUGUUCUUCCCCUUGCUGUCCGUCGGCCUCUGCUAUCCGUGAUUUCUGGUCUUUUUCUGCUCCCGUGACAUCCCUUCCCCUUUCCCGAUCUCUGCCAAGCUCGCCAGAUCCGGCUUCUAUUGCUGGAAAUAUUCUGGUAAGUUAACAACCCUCCAAGCUUGAAAUUUCAUCAAUUAAUUACUGCCUUGUGUUGUUGAAUUUUAUCAAUUUGUUGCUGCCCUGUGUUGUCCGAAAACCCUCUGUUGUGCUGUCCGAAUUUCUGCAGAAAUAUGGAAGAAUUUGGUAGCAUAAAAUGUGUUUUGGGUUGCUAAUUCGUGUAGAAUUUUGUGUAGUUGUCCCGGGAAUCAUCUUUCCUGUUUGAAGUUGUUUUUAUGCCAUUUUUGUUAUCCUGGAGAAAUUGUUCUGAUUGAUUGAUGGUAGAUGGAAAUUGUGGCAACAAAAAUUAUGAAAUUUCCUUGAUUAGCUACUGCUUUGUCAAAGAUGGAAAAUUGAACAAAAGCCAUACUCUUCAUUGUUGCCCGUGAGUUUGGGAAGCUAUAAAUAUAUGUAAAUGUGUGUGUGUUAAUUGUUAUAUGUAUAUGUAUACCCAAUCCGGAUUAAUGCUAAAAUUCGGAAGGAAGAAAAGAAUAAAUAAAUAAAUGAAUAUUGCAUUUUGAGGCUUUGCCGGCAAUGAUAAAGUGGAUGAAAUGCUUAGUUCUAUAUGAGAAUAAAAUUAAAGGUGUUUGGUCAUGAGAGAUUGACAUAAAUUGCGAUGUUGUGUUAAUAUUCUAGCGAGGUCUGAACAUGUUUAUUUGGAACACUAGGUGCUGUUGUGGCUUAGAACUCUGGGGUCGAGUUUCCUGUUUAUGCCAAGUGAGGUAAGUAAAUUUAUGGUAAUGCCCGCACUGUUUUUAAAAGAUGUUUUGACUUGUUUUUGAAGUGGUGGCGGGACUAAACCCGUUUUAUGCAAAAGUAAGUAUGACUGAUUUGAAGUGAAGUUUUAUGCUUUUCAUUAAAUUGAGCAUGCCUACUUGAAACUUAAUUGAUUGCCCUGAUGAUCUGAAAGUGAUUAGUAAAGUAUGAUUUUCUACUAAUUUCUGCCUGUUUUGUCUCCGAUAUGGUCAUGUUAUUUCCGUAAUCCCGCUAGUGGGGGUUAAACGCUAGCACAUGUUUCUGUAAUCCUACUAGUGGGGGUUAAACACUAGCACAUGUCGACAUGUUACUGAUAGAACUGGUUCGUUUCUGUAAUCCUGCUAGUAGGGGUUAAAUACCAGCAAUUUCUGUAGCCUGCCAGUGGGAGGUUUAAACACUGGCCGUGACUUAUAGAGGAGACGUCUAUUUCGUUUCCGUAUUUGUAUCCGUUUUUCUGAUUGCACUUGUUGGCAUGCUAUAAGUUUAAUUGAUUACUACUGAACUUUAUUCUGCCUAAUGGUUCAUCAUUGAACAUUCCGUUUAUGUUUAAACUGUUUAUCUGAAAUGCUCAAAUUUUACC